UAAAAUGAAGGCUCUAGUCGCUCUUUUUGCCGUCAGCAUUGUUGCUGUUGCAGGCAACAAGGUAAUUCAUCCAAUAGUAGGCGGAGUGGAGACUUCAGUUGCAAACCAUCCAUACACUGCAGCUCUAUUGUAUACCGCGGACUUGGCGUCCUACGUUCAAUCUUGUGUUGGAGCUAUUCUUAACAGCAGGACUGUGUUAUCCGCCGCUCACUGUUUCCAUGGUGAUGCAACUUAUACAUGGAGGAUUCGGGUUGGCUCUGACUUCGCCAACAGCGGUGGUACCGUUUACAUAACUUUCCGUAUCCUUAACCACCCUGAUUUCAACCCCUUCUACUACGAGGCUGAUGUAUCCCUGUUGCAGUCCUCUUCGACAUUUAUAUUUAGCGACAGAGUCGGUGCCGCUGCUAUCGCUGGUCCUAACUACAACGUUGGCGACAACCAGCCCUUAUUAGCGGUUGGAUGGGGUAAAAGCUCGGCCAACGCAACAAUUACUGAGAGAUUGAGGCAAAUCCAAGUCAACCAUAUUAACUUGACCACAUGUAGAAGCAUAUACUGGGCACUGGCGAUGUUCCCAACUGAAGUGAUGAUGUGCUCUGGCUGGCUCGAUACGUACCGAGGCAAGGAAUGCCAGGGUACCGCUGGAGGUCCUCUCCUACACAACAACGUGAUCGUCGGCGUCACCUCAUGGGGCGAACAGUGCGUACUCAACCACUACCCCGGUAUCAGCACUCGCAUCUCCAACUACACGUCAUGGAUUCAAGCUAACGCCUAAAACGAACUUGAUUUUAAUUUAA